AUGGCCCCGACUGAGACCACCAAGGCCGGGGGGUAUUCCAAGAGCGCUCCUCCCAAGCUCUCCGAUGUCAAGGAGCUCAUCGAUGAGGGCACUUUCGAGCAGAUCCUGGAAAUGGAUGACGAUGAUGACCGCGAUUUCAGCAAAGGUAUCGUCUACGGCUUCUUCGAUCAGGCCCACAAUACAUUCGACAAAAUGGAGGCCGCACUGAAGGAUAAAAAGCUCGAGGAGCUCUCACAGCUCGGCCAUUUCCUGAAGGGCUCGUCAGCCACGCUGGGCUUGACCAAUGUUAAGGACGCCUGCGAAAAGAUCCAGCACUACGGCGCUGGCAAGGACGAGUCCGGCUCCACAGACGAGCCCGACGAGAAGGUCUCUCUCAAGAAAAUCGACACGACCUUGAAGGAAGUCAAGGUCGAGUACACCAAGGUCGAGAAGUUCCUGCGCAGGUACUACGGCGAGGAGGUUAAGGAGGAGGAGCCCAAGAAGGAGCAGCCCAAGAAAGAAGAGCCUAAGAAGGAAGAGUCCAAGAAGGAAGAGUCCAGGGCGGAGGAAAAGGUAAAGAAGGCAGAGCCUACGAAGAAAUAG